AUGGCUGUGAAUGUUUUGAAUGUGGCGGAGAAGCCCAGCGCCGCCAAGGAGAUCGCGCAGAUCUUGUCACAUGGCGAUUGCCGGAGCUUGAGCGGCCAUUCUGUCUACAACAGGAUCUUCCAUUUCAACUACAUGAUCGGUGGUCAGCCAUGCCGAAUGGUAAUGACCUCUGUCAGCGGCCAUCUCAUGGAGCUGGAUUUCGAGGAGCAAUUCCGGAAAUGGUACUACUGCGAUCCGGCCGAUUUGUUCCAGGCCCCAGUGAGGAGAUACGUUCCCCAGGACAAGCUGGGAAUCAAACGGACGCUGGAAGAACAGGCUAGGAAUUGCCAGUGGCUUGUUCUUUGGCUCGAUUGCGAUCGAGAAGGAGAGAACAUUGCCUACGAAGUGGUGGAGGUCUGUCUCAAUGUUAACCGGGGACUCAACGUCUUACGAGCUCGCUUCUCAGCAUUUAUCGAGAGGGAAAUCCAGCACGCUGCACAGAAUUUGCACCGGCCAAAUCGCAAUCUUUCGGAUGCUGUGGACGCGCGCCAGGAGAUCGAUCUACGUAUAGGUGCUUCCUUCACUCGCUUUCAGACAAUGCUCUUGAAAGAUCGCUUUGUUCUUCCAUUUGACGAGCAUGAGAAGGCCAUUCUUAGCUAUGGUCCGUGCCAGUUUCCAACUCUAGGCUUUGUCGUUGAAAGAUAUUGGCAAGUUCAAGCACACCAGCCUGAAGAUUUUUGGACCAUAAACUGCGUGUACAGGUCGGAGAACGACAGUGCUUCCUUCAAAUGGACGCGCGGCCAUCUUUUCGACUAUGUAGCCGCCGUCUCCAUAUAUGAAAUGUGCGUGGAAGAGCCUCUUGCUACGGUUUUCUCUGUUACUGGACGUGAGACACGUAAAAAUCCACCGCAUCCACUCAAUACGGUUGAGCUGGUGAAGCGGGCUUCACGGUUUCUACGCUUUGGGUCCCAGGAGACAAUGAAGGCUGCUGAAGAGCUCUACCAGCAAGGAUUCAUCAGCUAUCCCCGGACUGAGACAGAUUACUUUUCGGAGAACACUGAUCUUCGACGCAUGGUAGAGGAGCAGACAAGGCAUCCUGUGUGGGGAAAUUAUGCCCAUCGCCUUGUUGACCCUCGAGAGAAUUUGUGGAGACAUCCGAGCAAUGGUGGACACGACGAUAAAGCUCAUCCGCCUAUACAUCCUACCAGGUUUUCGGAUGGAGAACCACAAUGGAGGAACGAUCACAAGGCAGUGUAUGAGCUUGUUGUGCGACACUUUCUUGCGUGUGUCUCGCAGCCGGCUGUAGGAUACGCAACAAAAGCCAUGAUUGACAUUGCUGGGGAACAGUUCUCUGCUAAUGGACUCAUGGUGACUGCUAGAAAUUACUUGGAAGUUUAUAGAUACGAAAACUGGGCUGCUUCAACUCUUCCAAACUUUGAUCUUGGACAACAGUUCAUUCCAACCAGGCUUACGCUGGAUGCUGGCAGAACGCAACCCCCACCCCUUUUGUCAGAAGCGGAUUUAAUCGCGCUCAUGGACAAGGAGGGAAUUGGAACGGAUGCUACUAUGCAUGAUCACAUAAAAAAGCUGCUGGACCGGCGCUACGCUACCAAAGAUGCGCAGACACGCUUUUGUCCCACAAACUUGGGCGAGGCACUGGUUAUGGGAUAUGACACGAUGGGGUACGAGCUUUGGAAGCCCCAUCUCAGAUCUAUAAUGGAGAGAGACAUGAAGGCCGUGAGCGACGGGAUAAAGGUGAAGGAGAAUGUCCUGGAGACAUGCUUGCAGCAAAUGAAGACGUGCUUUCUCGAUGCUAGAGUUCAGCAACAAAAGCUUAUAGAGGCAAUGGGUCUUUUCUUUGAGAGAAGCCAAAAUCAAGUCCCUGAAGCGGUGCAAGUCGGUGGAAUCGUUCGAAGGUGCCCGAUGUGUCGUGAAGCCGACAUGGUUUUAAAGAGAAGACCAGAUAGCAAGUUUAUGGUUGGUUGUCGCAACUUUCCACAGUGUAAAAAUGUCGUGUGGCUACCCUCCGUCGUCAUGGAAGCGACAGUCACUGCACACACUUGCAACUCGUGCAUUCCAGCUCCAGUUUACAAAAUUGACUUCAAGUUCAAGAGAGCAGAGAUACCACCACAAUACAGCAUUUAUCACACAGGUUGCGUUGGUGGCUGUGACAUUGUGCUGAAUGACAUUAUGAAUAUCUAUAGAGCACCUCCUGCUCCCUCAGGGAGAGGACAAGCACAGGAUCGAGCUUCUGGACGUGGCCGUGGUGUUGCUUAUCCAAGACGAGGCCGCCGUGGUGGCGGUGCUGGGAGAUCCCAAAACCCAAGCCGGCAUGGUGACACGGAAGUUUUCUAUGAUGCGCAGGUACACUUUUAAUUUUUUUUACUCCCUGUUGUUGCUUAGAUUGCAAAGCACUCUAAGAAAUCACAGCAGUCAAGUUCUUGGCAUUUUCAAGUU